AAAUCACUUCUAACCUCCGCUGCUGCAAACUCGUGAUUGGAAGAAGAGACCAGCUGGCCUGGAAAGAGACAGUUUAACCUGUAAAAUUAAACAUAAUAGCUCCAGUUUGCAUUUGUUUUUUCCGAUUUGCUGGCUAGUGAUGUCUGGGGAGAGGCUACCCAACGGCUUCAGCUCGACCCCUCUCAAAGACUUCCAGCCAUCAAAGGACUUUGGCGACGGAAUCCUAUCCGACGAAGAAGACACUUUUUCUCUGCUUUCUCCAAUCUAUCAUGACAGCUUCGACAGUGACGAAGAAGAACUGAGAUCCAUCCCAGAUCAGCAGACCACUUCCCCCAGAGAGAGGGAUGACUCCAGGCUCAGUAUUUCACCAUUCAGAUGUGAGCUACCAAAAGCGAUUUCGGAGCAGCCUGCAGCUUCAUCUGCCCGCACUGCGUGGGAAAUGUGGUUGGUGAAUAAAGCAAAAGAGGAGCGUCUUAAGCAGGAAAAGAAAGUAGAAAAGGAGCGCUUACUAAAAGAAAGAAAAGAAAAACAAGAACGGGAGCAGGAACAGAAAAAGCUCAUCAUGGAAAAGAAGAUCCAAGAAUGGCUAAAACUUAAAACAGAACAGGAGAGACAUGAGCAACUUAAACAAAGAAAGGAGGAGGAGGAGAUGCAGAGGCAGCAGGAGAGACGGCGGGAGACUGAACAGAAAGCUCAACAAAAGUACAAAGACUGGCUGCAAAGAAAGAACCAAGAAAAAAUAGAAAAGGAAAAGAAGGAGAAAGAGGAAGCCUCCCUGAAGGAGGAGCAGGAGAUGGAGCGGCGUAGGAGGGCUGAAGAGAAGUUUAAGGAAUGGCUGGCAAAGGCGAAUGAAAAAAGCAAAGCUAGUCCCAAAAAGCCCAGCUAUCCAUCAAGUCCCUAUGACAAAUCCUACCCAUCGCCUAGUUUUGUCAAUCCAAUCCCCUGGAAGCCAAUCCAUGUCCCUCCUCCAGAACCAUCCUCCCUCGAGACAUCAAGCAAGAAACCUCUGAAACAGAGAAAAAGCCAACAGAGCCUCAGCAACACGUUUAGGCUGAGAAAUACUCAGAGUCCAGCACAUUUGCAGCAGAAGAGAUGACACAGCAGGUUGACGUGUAUGAAUGUGAUGCGGUAGCUUAGUUACGGGCUUAACUGUGAUUUCUGCACCACCACAGCUUCUGGGCCAAGACUCUGCUGAGUCACACAAUGAUUUGUGUUCUCUUAAGGUGGUUGUGGUGAAGACGUAUUUGGUUUAUGGUUUGUUUUUUUUUAAUUAAUGGAAUUAUUCAAAUUUUGAUAUGAUGUUUGUGUGACUAGAUAUUUAAAAGUCCAGA